AGAUCGUUCGUACCACUGUUGUCCCGUUAUUGCGCAUUGUUUGUUACUGCCACUGUUCGUGACUAUUGGACGCAAUGAGAGCAUUCAGCGUCGUAGCCGCAACGCUUCUGGCAAGCGUCGCGGAAGCUUCGUCCCUCAAGCCGCCCAUCUUGCCGUUGAUCGUCAGGAACCCAUACCUCAGCACAUGGCUGCAAAAUGCACGCGAAGAGCCCUGGAGCAAAUGGCCCAUGUUUUGGACAGGCGAUGAGCUCGGCUUUGGCGUACUUGCAUCUGUCCCUGACACAAACAACGUGUACCCGCUGCUCGGCCGCCCGCACGACUCGCUCGAGCAGAGCAGUGAGCACUACACCGUCGCGUUCCCCAAAUACGAGGGCGCCAAAUACGAUGCGAGUACGACAAACUUGACCUUCUCAAUCCCUGCGCCGCCGAAGCUUGCCAGUGCGGGUGAUCUCGAGAUCACGUUGAGCUUCCUCUCGCCCAUCACGCCGACGUCGACGCUACGACAAUCGAUACCUGCUGCGUAUCUCAGCAUUCACGUACAAGGAAGCUUCGACGUAUCUGUAUAUGUUGACGUCAAUGGACAAUGGGUUAGCGGCAAGCGGGACAGCCUCAUAGAAUGGGGAUUGACUGAGCAAGGGUCUGCUGACUCUGCAGAAGGAUUGAAGACGUGGAGUGUCAAGCGCCAGGUCGAGCAGAUCUUUACUGAGGAACAUGAUCAAGCUGAGUGGGGCCAGCUGCAUUUCACUGGGCCGAGCGAUGUGAGCCAUGAGGCGGGAACAUCGGCGCUGCUGAGACAGCGCUUUGCGAAGACCGGGACACUGCAGAACCAGGUCGACAAAGACUUUCGCUCCAUCAUGGACGAGGAGCCUGUUUUCGCUUUCUCGAAGACCUUCAACUUGAAAAGCGCUUCCUCGGCCUCGACGAAAGCGGUUAGCGAGAGCGUUCUGUUCACGAUUACGCACGUCCAAGACCCCGUCACGCAGUACGCUUCAGCCCGGGGUCUUACCUACAUGAAGCCACUGUGGUCAUCGUGGUUCCACGGAGACGCCACGCUCAUCAAAUUCCACUACGGAGACUUUGCCAACGCAAACAGUCUAGCCAGCAACUACUCUGAGCAGUUACGCAUCGAUGCCUACCAAUCUGGCUCCACGAACUAUGUUGACAUCGUCGCGCUUUCUGCACGACAAGCAAUGGGUGCUACGAGUUUCUCCGGAACACCCGAGAGCCCGCUGCUUUUCUUGAAGGAGAUCUCAUCCAAUGGCAACAGCCAGACUGUGGAUGUCAUCUUCCCAGCCUUCCCCUUCUUCCUUUAUACCAACCCAAGGUGGCUCGCGUACCUUCUUGAACCUCUUCUUGAACAUCAGCUCAGCGGCCAAUAUCCCAACAAGUACUCGAUGCACGAUCUGGGUGCACACUUUCCCAAUCUGACUGGCCACGCUGAUGGCCGAGACGAAUACAUGCCCGUGGAAGAAUGUGGCGACAUGCUCAUCAUGGGUCUGGCUCUCAUUAAUUCUAUGAGCUACAGCUUCGAUGCCGAUGCUCAAUCCAUCUGGUCCACUAUCGGCGAUGACACUGAUGCUGUAGACUCGAACGAGAAGGCUUUCGCGCUCACGAAUAUCGGCGAACAUGGCGGCAUAUCAUACAUCGAUGACACUUGGGGUGGUCACACCAAAGGCGUCAAGCAAGCCAAGAAAUGGCUAGAAGAGAGUUAUGACCUUUGGAAGCAAUGGACAGGCUACCUAGUCGAAGAUGCCCUCGAACCUCACAAUCAGCUUUGCACAGAUGACUUUGCUGGCUGGUUGCCGCUGCAAACCAAUCUUGCCUUAAAGGGUAUCAUUGGCAUCAAAGCCUUCAGCGAAAUUGCAGACUUGAUGGACCGUACCGGCGACGCGAAGCACUAUCGCAAUAUUUCCGAGACUUACAUUGAGAAGUGGCAGGAAUACGGAAUCUCGCGUGAUGGUGGCCAUGCGAAACUCGCGUACGACUGGUACGGGAGUUGGACAACCUUGUAUUCGCUGUACGCGGACGCGGUGCUGUGUUUCCAUCCGAGCACCACGAAUACAUCAUCCGCUUCAUCUGAUGAGGAGGCCAGUGUUGAUAAUUACGCGGCCGGGGAUGCGCACACUCAAGAGCCGUUGUCGUCUAAGAAGGGCUCGAACGGUCGCCGACCCAUCACCAAAGACUUCAUUCCCUCGAGCGUCUAUAAGGGACAGUCGAAAUGGUAUGCCCAAGCCAUGCAGAAGUACGGCCUCCCCCUCGACAGUCGGCACCUGUACACCAAGUCUGAUUGGGAGUUCGAAGCCGCCGCCGUCGCAUCGAAGAAAGUCCGCUCCGACAUCCUUGACCGGGUGGCGCUGUGGCUCAACGAGACAGUCACCGAUCGCCCGUUCACAGACCUGUACAACACCGAGGGCAACGGCGGAUUUCCCGGUCCGUGGUUCUUUGCAAGGCCGGUCGUCGGUGGGCAUUUCGCUUUCCUGACGCUCGAACGGGCUUGUGGUGGCACGGCUGCGAGCGCGUUUGAUUAUGAGGAGUAGGAGGGUGGAGUCGGGUGGGUCCUUGGAAGGAUCUGAUGGCCCACUGUAGCCAGUGUACGGUCCCAACGACCAUCAGUUAACGGUGUAUAUGUCAUGCUCAAGAGGUAUAUAUGUGCAAUAACAGUACCUAUUACUUUAUGUUGACAUCCGAAGGACCUCAUGGCCCAGAAGGUGAAUCACAUGAUGUUCAGUCGAUCAAUCUCCAUCCUGUGGAGAUCGUUUGUUCGAGUCCGCAUCGCAUCAC